AUGGUUAAAGUAGCAAAAAAAGAAAAUGUGGCGUCCCCCGUCAUGGCUGCAACGGAAUCAAAAGAUCCUGCAAAGAAAACAGUUGUUAAAGUAAAUGGGCCCAAGCUUAAGAGAAAGUCGAAAAAGUUUAACAAACGAGGACGUGGCAGCAGACUUACUGGUGUCGUUUUCAUCAAGCACCUACCGAAGGGGUUCGACGAGGAAGCGUUGUCGGAUUUUUUCUGCCAGUUCGGUGAUAUAGUGAGGGUGUGCGUGGCACGAUCUAAGAAGACGCAGCAGCUGAAAGGGUAUGGGUACGUGCAGUUUAAGUUCUACGAGGUGGCGGAAAUUGCUGCCAGCGCUGUCGACAACUAUAUGAUGUUUGGGCGUGUGUUGAAGACAAGCGUUUUGCCGAAAACCAUUAGACGUGUGCCAAGCAACUUUGGACGAACGUUUAAAUCGAAGGAAGAUUGUGUGGCCUUCCAUAAGCAGCGGUUAGAGCGUCGAGUGAAGAACAUGAAUAAGCCGCUGGGCAACGAAAAUGCUCGUGUGCGAUGCCUGAAGCAGGUUAAGCGCUUGAAGCGCGCUGAACAGGAAAUGCGCGAAGCCGGACUCGAGCUGCCGGAGCUGCAGGAUCAUUUGUCGAAGCUGCAGGAAAAGGCAACCGCACUGAAGGGACAGGUUCAGAAAGAUUUGGUUAAAAGGGCUGCUGCUAUUGAGGAAGCUGCUGCUGCUAAGGCGGCGGCUGCUGCUAAGGCUGCUGAAGAAGCUGCUGUGGCUAAGGCUGCUGAAGAUGCUGCUGCUGCUGCCAAGAAAACGGCAGAUGCCACCGAUGAACAGGAGAUGAACGACGAUGACGAUGAGGAAGACCAAACUUUGCCAUGCGAAUGGAAAACGGUAAAAAUGAACAAAUCGACCGCAGAAGGAGUGGCUGGAAAAGACGACAUGGAAAAGGCACUUAACAAGGCACAAGCAGCAGCGAAGAAACUCGCUGAAGGAACGAUUAAAAUGCCUGAACCGAUUACAAAGAAGCAAGGAAUAUCUUCAGCUGCGAAAAUGCAGGAGAACACAGAAAACCGGACUACACAGAAAAAGACGAAGCCAACUAAAAAAGAGCUGAAGGAAGCACAGACGAAAGUACAAGCACAAAAAGAGAAACAACCUGUGCCGAAAGAGAAGCUAAGUAAUAAGCAGCAAAAUGCUGCCCUAAAGAAAAAGCAAGUCGAAAAAGAUCGACCAGUUUUGCUCGAAAAGAAGCAGCAAAUUGCAGCGAAGGUUGUACCAUCAAAGGAGAAAACACAACUGAAAAAUGAAAAGCUUGCUUUAGCGAAAAAGAAACAAAGCGAAGUAAAGCUUGCGUCCGUGGAGAAAAAGCAAGGUAAAAAAGAUAAGCCGAACACAUUUGAAAAGAAGCAAACCGAAGCGUCCGUUGUGACAACUUCACCGAAAGCGAAACGAAAGCUUUCUAUCAAGGACACAACCAAGCCAGCUAAGAUGGUUAGAAAAGUGAAGUAA